AUGUCAAGGAUAUUAAAUAAAAAUUCAAUUGAUAUUCAACCAAGUGAAGCUGAAAAUGACAGCCCAAUAUUUACACACCAUCAAAAUUUAUCUAUUUGUAAAUUACAAUCAGAGUCUUCAAUUGCUGUAAGCCAAAUUACAUUGGGAAUUUUAAUUCGAAUUGCUUUUUUUUUCUCAACUUUUAUCUGGAAUUUUACGGAUCUUUUUAUCAUACUGGUAUCAACUGGACUUGCUGAAAAAUAUAAAUGCCUCAAUAAAAUUGUCAUUGAAUCAGUUGUAGAAAAUAAUGACUGCAACAUUGAUUGGCCUGAAAUUCGAGAAAAAUAUACAAUUAUUAGUGAUCUUGUUAAACAAACAAACAAUGUGAUUUCACCUUUGAUUUUGUUAUCAUUUGCUGGAAAUCUUUACUUUAUUUGUUUACAAUUUUUCAAAGGAUUUGCACCAGUGGAUAAUGAUGUGCUAAGUGAAAUAUAUUUUUUUGGAUCAUUUGGGUUUUUGGUAUGUAGAACAGCUGCAGUUACUCUUUCAGCAGCGAGGAUUCAUCAUCAAAGUAGAAUAAUUUUAUUUGCUCUUUUUCAUUGUCCAGUAUCAAGUGCAAAUUAUGAGCCUCAGUGGUUCCAAAAUCAAUUAGCAAUUGACGAAGUAGCACUUACUGGAAUGGAUUUUUUUUCCAUUACUCGUAAGUUUAUGCUGAAGAAUGAUAAUUGCAUCAUUCAAAUUGGUGAAAAAGUAGGACCAAGUUGUGCUAUUGAAUUAAUUCAAGAAACAUUUGAUGCUGCUAGUCAUCCAGUUAUGGCUGAAGCAGUAUUUUCACUUGAAGGUCUUGGUUGUGCAUGGUUUUUAGGAUCAAGUGGUGCUAUUGAAUUAAUUCAAGAAACACUAGAUGCUGCUACUUAUCCAGUUAUGGCUGAAGCAGUAUUUUUACUUCGUAGUCUUGGUUUUGGUGUUGUAUGUUUACCAGUGUAA